UUUCAUAGAUAGCUAUAUUCACGGAAGAGAAGAGCAACUGGUGAAAGUGAGUUGGAUGGAUGAGGAAGGGAAAUUUGCGAAAUCAUAAUAUUUUUAUUUGUUACUUUCAACAGGAUAUAUUGUGUUUUGUUUGAAAGGAAUCAAAAUGCCAUUGUUCGCCCAGAAUCCUUUCGACCAGGAUGUUGAGAAAGCGACCAAUGAAACGAACACGACGGAUGACUGGGGUCUUAUCAUGGACAUAUGUGACCGUGUGGGGACCACACCCAACGGUGCUAAGGAAUGCCUGAAGUCCAUCAUGAAGAGGGUCAACCACAAGGUCCCCCACGUCGCCAUGCAGGCCCUGACCUUGCUGGGCGCCUGCGUGUCGAACAGCGGGAGGAUAUUUCACUUGGAGAUCUGCUCGCGGGACUUCGCCAGCGAGGUCCGCGGCGUCCUGGCCAAGGCCCACCCGAAGGUCUGUGAGAAGCUCAAGGCCCUGAUGGUGGAGUGGGCUGAGGAGUUUCAGAAGGACCCCCAGCUGAGCCUGGUCAGCGCCACCAUUAAGUCCCUGAAGGAGGAGGGGGUGAGCUUCCCCACGUCCGGCUCCCAGAAUUCCACCAGCACAAAGACCGCAGCUCCAGCCGCAAGCAAACCUUCAGACGACGACGACUUGGCCAAAGCCAUCGAGCUGUCCCUGCAGGACCAGAAGCAGCAGGCGGAGACGCGCCCCCUGACGGUUCCCACCGACCCGCCCUACAACAGCAACGGCAGCGGCAGCGGUAAGGAGUCGCGCAAGGUGCGCGCGCUCUACGACUUCGAGGCCGCCGAGGACAACGAGCUCACCUUCAAGGCCGGCGAGGUCAUCAUCGUCCUGGACGACAGUGACCCUAACUGGUGGAAAGGGGAGAACCACAGAGGGGUGGGGCUGUUCCCGUCCAACUUCGUCACGACCAACCUGAACGCAGACCCUGAGCCAGCUGCGGUUGUGGAGAAGGCCGCUCCAGCCGAGGAGCCCAGCGUGCAGGCCAAAGCCGAGCCUGAGCCCGUCUGCAUAGACGAGGAGAAGAUGGACAGAACGCUGCAUCUGCUCCGGAACACGGACCCGGCCGACGCCCAGCCCGACUCGGCAGAACUUUUCCAGUUAGAAGACGCUUGCGAACAGAUGAACCCAAUGAUUGACGAGAAGCUUGAGGAGAUUGACAGGAAGCACUCCGAGCUCUCGGAGCUGAACGUGAAGGUUCUGGAAGCGCUGGAGCUGUACAACCAGCUGAUGAACGAGGCGCCGAUGUACUCCGCCUACUCCAAGCUGCAGUCCCAGGGGCACUACCCGAGCACGACCGCGCCCGUCUCCAUGCAGGGUUACAUGACCCAGCCCCAGGGCGGGGCGUACAUGGCGUCAGGGGUACCCCAGGGCCCCCCCGCGCCCACGUACAGCCUGGGGCCCGACCAGGCGGGGCCCCUGUGUUCCAUGCCGCCAAACGCCAACACACCCGCCACCAGCCAACCCGCACAGCCCGCCUACAUGAGCGGGGUAAACGCAGCGUACAUGACCCAGGCCCCCGGCGCCCCCCCUCCUUACCCACAGCAAAUGGGCGUGGCUAUGGACAUGUCAGCCUAUCAGAACACUAACCCCGGCAUGCCCCCGGCCUCCUAUCCAAUGGCUGCUCCCGGUCACCCCGGAGGCCAACCACAGGCCGCCUACUACCAACAGCCCCUUCUGUGAACCGCUGCAAUAACUGCCUCUGUGCGUAUCUCGGAAAACUCUUCAUACACAAACAGCUGCGGUUUUUAGGUUGCAAAGGGGGGGAGGGGUGGGGGUGGAGGGGGUUACCCCCCCACCAUGGUGUGGAUGAAAAGGGUGUGCUGGUUCGGUCAGUUCAAACGCUUCACUAGUGUCCAGUAGCCAGAGGCAUUGCCGUCCGUUAUCGCAGACGAUAGUUCAGGAGCUCCGACGGUGGUGUGCGAUAGUUUAGCUUAGCGUCUGAAGCUAACGUUUUAGGAGUUUGUGUGUCUAAGGCUUCAGGAGAGUUUCUACUUGGCUUCAGUUUUGUAUCUACAUAUAGCAGUGAGAUGCAGCCGCUGUUUGUGCGUGUGUGUCUGCGUGUGUGUGUGUGUGUGUGUGUGUGUCUCCCCGUGUGUGUGUGUGUGUGCAUGUGUGUGGAUCGUUCACGCUGUCCAUUCUUCAGAAUGUUUUUACAUACGAGCCUACGUGCUCAUUUGCAUCUCGAAAACCGUGCUGAUUUUUUUAAACGUGGAUGGCAGUCACCCUAGGACAGUCGCCAUUGUGGGAGGUUGCAGGCUGCAAAUGUUUAAUCAUGAAGGAUUUUGAGUGUCAGUUAAAAUGGCGGUCAUCUUCGGGUACACAGCCAGCAGGAUGGGUGAAGUCGCUACGCACGGUACAUUCGCCACUCUGUGUUGGGGCAAACGGUGGAUUGGGCAAAAGUCAUAUGCAGAUUUCACUCCAAUAAAAAUCAAUGCGAUCGGCGAUUUUCACCAAAAAAUAACGACGUCAAAUGAAAGCGUGCGUCAGACCCAGUGGCGGUCCAAGCCAGGGCCGUAGAGCUCCACACUCCUCAUCUGCACCAUAGCACUUCAUCAGCAAAGUAGGUUACGUUCCCCUGAGAACCACAGUACAAAAGGAAAUGCCGUUGGAUGGGUUCAUUUUAACUGUAUAGGGCAGGGAUGUCCAAACAUAUCCUACAAGGGUUGGUGUGGGUGCAGGCUAUUGUAGCCCAGCACUAAGACACCUGAUUCUACUUAUCAAGACCUUGAUUGAAGACCAUGAUUAGUUAAUUAGUGAUUAGGUGCCAAAUUAAAGCACUUAGCAGACUUUUACCCCUGGUACAGGCUACUUUUUAGAAUCAGGUGCUGCAGUGCUGAGCUAUAGCAAAAACCUGCACCCACACCGGCCCUUUUCAGGUAAGAUUGGACAACCUGGUAUAGGGAUGAUGCCAUUUUUUCAAAUAAUUGUUGUUGAGGCUUGUUAUUAACAUGGACACAGUGAUAGAAAAUUUUGGGUAUCGCCCUGAUGCGCGGUAAAGGUGAUCUGUCGGUGGUAUUCUUAAAUUCCUUUUUGAUACACCUUUAAUUUGUGUGCCAAGGCUUCAAGAAUAUCUUAGGAAUGGUUCACCUCAUCAACAAGACCAUGAUCUGCAUUCUGUGACGAGACCUUUCUGGAUGUGGGGACAUUUGUGUUUUGAUCUGAUUGAUUGGGUUGAUGGGUUCAGUUCAAUUAGGCUGGUAUAUAGGAUUGUGAUUUUUUUAUUUUUUUAUUUUUUUUUAUGUUACUACAAUUAAUGUCUGUCUGCUUUUCAUUCAUAGGCUCUCUGUGAAAGACAUGGACGUUGUUGGCCGUUGGUUCAGAUAGCUACAGUAGAGAAGGACUCUUAAUAUGCAAAAACUAGUUUUUCUCUACGCUGCGUGUGACAAAAAGCUGUAGUUAAGCUUUUAAUUUAAUAUUUGUAAAUUGCAUCCCUUGUACCCUGAUUUGUAUUUUAUCUUGAAUAUUAUUUUCUUUGUGGGGGGAAAAAAAGAAUGUUUGUAAUAAGGUCCUUCCUUAAUGGUUUUUGAAAUUGUAAAAAUACAUCCUUAAUUUUUCCAUUUUACUUUUGUGUCUUAUCGAAAAUACAAGCAAAGCAAACCGUGCGACUGCAUAGGCUAAGUGCUGACUAACAGGUAAAAUGUAUAGUCUUUUUUUAAUGUGAAAAGAAAAUACUAAUCUGAUAAACAAACAUAGAGCACUAUUAGGCUUACAAAUGCAAUGGUUAUAGGUAUACUAGCUUUAUAUUAUUUUUGGAAUUUUCCUGGGGGAAAACAAACAAACAAACAAAGGACCAUGACCGGAUUUGAUCGAUUCUACCAUGUUUGUUUGUGGCAGGUUGAGUUAUCACGGUAUACAUGAGAAACUUGUGUAGUCAUCGUUUUCUUCAUCUUUCACAUGAAGUCUGUUGUAUAUUAGAUGUAAGAUAUCUCUCAUUGUUGGUAUUGCACCUUAACUUUAUAAACAUGUAUUUGCCACUGGAUGCCUUGUUUUCUUUAAAAAUGAAAAUAAAAAAACAAAAAGAAAAAUUAAAGGAAAUUGAAAUCUGCUGCUGUAUAUCUAGGUCUAUAUAUAUAGAGGGAAGUUUCUAUCCAGUACUGGCAUAUUCUCUUAUAAUCCAUAUUUUAUAACAUCAAGGUUCUCUAUAUCUUGUGUUGUCAUUGUAAAAUGUUCCAUUUGUAAUAACCAGAAAAUACUAAAAAAAAAAAAGCCUUUAAGAAUAAAAGUUACCCUGUGUUUCAA